GGCAUGAUGUCAUAGCAGCUUAUUUUAAAUGUGACGUAUCUAUUUCCACAUUGGAUACCGAACGCGAUACUACACUCCAAAAAGAAUUUUUAGUGUUAUUUGUUUAAUUGAGAGAAAAGUGCUAAAAUGUCAUAUUAUUCACCGAGGAGAGCAGGUGCUGUUUCACCACCACGGCUCACAGACAAGCUCCGGCUAUACCAUGUAGACAUGAACCCCUACGGUCACCGAGUUUUAUUGAUAUUGGAAGCAAAAAAAGCUAAAUAUGAAAUCUAUCGGCUCGACCCCCUCCAUUUACCCGAAUGGUUCAAAGCGAAAAAUCCAAGACUAAAAAUUCCUGUUCUCGAAAUACCAACGGAACAAGGAGAUAGAUGUUUAUUCGAAAGUGUUGUUAUUUGCGACUAUUUGGACGAGAAAUACGCACGGAACCCGUUACAUUCCAGAGAUCCGUAUGUCAAAGCACAGGAUAGACUGCUAAUAGAGAGAUUCAAUGAGUUAAUAAAAGGAAGCUUAGAAUGUUUCGACACAAACUUCGCUUUUGGCAGCGAGCAAAUCAUUCAAACGAUGGAAAUAUUCGAGAAGGAAUUAGCUUUGAGAGGUACAAAUUACUUCGGCGGUAACAAACCAGGUAUGUUGGACUACAUGAUAUGGCCAUGGGUUGAAAGGCUGUAUCUUUUACGAUGCAUCAAUGAGAAGAAGUUUGACGAAAAAAGAUCGAGGUUCCCUAAUUUUGCUGACUGGGGUGACCAAAUGCAGCUCGAUGAAGUUGUAAAAAAACACGCGAAUUCGCCGUCAGAAUAUUUCGAUUAUUACGAAAACGCGAGGACCCACGCAAUGGGCUACUAUCUAUAAUAUUCAAUAUAAAGAUAAAUAUCCACUGGUUGUAUUGUAUAGCGCGAUAUCGUGCGAUACUUUUUUUCUGUUUAAAUAUAAGUCGAAUGGAACCAAUUUGUUAUAAACUACCUAAAACUACCAGUGGGUUCGCCUUCGAAGUCGUUACGUCAAUUUAUUUUUAGUCUGUUCCGUAUUUGCGUAUUGGUACACGUAUUAGUAGUGUCAUAUCGAUAGUCAACUGUACUAUGCUACGUCUUAUGUAACUGGUCUUCUUAGUGGGUCCUUGGAUAGUUUUGAUGUCGAUGCGUUCUGUUAUCAAAAUGAUGUUCUUAUUACAUUCAGACGAAGCCGAAUGAUGAAAUCGCUAAUUUACUUAUAUUAAAUAUUCUAUAUUAAAAAAUAUAUACAGAGUUAUUGGUAAUCCGACGUAUUCAAGUUAGGAGGUAAUAGGGGUGUUUAUUUGCGAUAAUUUUAACCCCCAUAUGCAAAUAUGUACCAUUUUUGAGUUAUUCCGUUUUUUAGAUUUUUUCAAAAUAAAUCAAAAAUGCAACUUUAAACGCACGUUAGCUUCGUAUAGUACGGUAUAGCGCUAUGUAAUCAGUCGAUAAAUAUCUUAAAUAUAUAAGUCCACACAUUGGUUUAAGAUUUAACUUGCAUUUUCAUAACAAACGAGUUUUUGAAGUCAUUAUUUUCGUUGUUCAGUUUUUACGUCUGUAGCUAUGUAUAAAGUUUAACUUUACGCUUAUCUGUGACUCUUAAUCGCAGAGGUCUGACUCUAGCCUUAUAAUAGGUAACUGCCUUGCAUAAAAUUGUUUUGGCGUCGAUUCAUCUCUUUCAGUCACCGUUGAUUUCACAUUUGAAGGAAAAAGACAGUGUUGUAAAAAUAAACACGUCCUAAAUAUUAUUUAUAAAGUCGAAAAAAUUACAUCAUAACAAGAUAUAAAAAAAAAGGAAAAGGAAAAGGUCAUACGGCCUAACGCCUACCUACAUAAACACGUACGUGACGUAGUCGUUGCGUGUUCAUGUGUGGUAGCCCUAUUUAAUAAAAGCUAUUUAGCGUUUAAGUUACACACUUAUCCCCUUUUGAUAUCAUCGUUUUGACAUUUGUCAGAAGAAGUUAGCACCAUUUGUCUCAUCCCCGAAUCAUAAUUCAUAAGUGCAUUAUUGUCCAACUUAGACUUAAAUGUGAAUCUAUAGGCAUUUUCUCAAAAAAAAAAAACAGCAUUUAUUAGAAUCUUUUACGAUUAUUGUUUUAAAUAUAUAUUUAACUUUAAAAGUUUUAUUUUGUAGUGGAUUGUUAAAAAAAGAAAACUUAAGGUGGGCUUCCACUGAUAUAGUUAAAAUUUUAUAUUCCGAAUGUCACUUGUCCGAACUCUAGGCUUAACGAUUUAUUAAAUAUAUUAUCUGUGUAAGCAUAUACAGUAACUCUUGUAUUCCUUCAAUAUGAUUUGAUGUUUACCACCUUAAACGAUUCUAGACGAAACAAACGAAUUCUCUAGUCUAGACCUAACUUUAGACACAAUUUUAAUUUCAGCUUUUAUAUGUAUGUACUCUAACAAACCUUUAUACAUUAAUCAAUUUUAUUAUAUAUAUACAUCAGUGUGAAUAAAACUAUUGAAUUAAACACUAAACCAAACCAUAGAUUGAAGCGAAUAUCCGGCAACCAAUAAAUAUUUAGUAUAUCGACUAUAUUCGAUAUUUAAAACUGUAAGAAUUAAAAUGAGAAAAACAAAUGUCAAUCGAACUAUUCCCGCUUAAAAUCGACUGGAGAAUUUCGCGCCAAUUAUGACGUCAUUAUUGACAUUUAAAUAAAUUCGAAUAUUCGUUAUCUAUGUGAAUAUAUUGCCAGGAGUGAAAUGUAGUCUCAAAUUUAUAAUAAUAUAACCUUUUAAGGAUUUGAGAAAUUUAUUAAUGGACCUUAUAAUACUAUCCUUGUACACCACAGAGAUAAAUCUUUAUGGAAUAUCACUGCGGAUUUCUGUAUAUAUUAUAUUAAAUUCUUUACUUAAUAACAUAUUUUGAUAACAUUUUUGGCUUGAGGGUAUGGAAUUUACUAUAAAAAUAUGCCCAUACACAGUGAAAAGGGUCUACAUAAAAUCAAAAUUAAAUCGGAAAUAUUUGAACGCGAAAGUGCGGAAGUAGCAUAAAGAAAAGUUUCUGAACCGUAACUUUUACUAGUUGUCAAAAUUGUGAUAUUAUAAUUUGACUACGAGCUUUUAAUGUUAACGCGUACGAUUUCAGUUGAGCGAUGUUGCUCAAAAGAAGUUAAGAUCUGUUGAACUGUAGUGAGUUUUGUUUGAUUUUCAAGGUCAUAAACAUUUUUAUUUUAAAGACUCCAUUCGAUUCAAGUAAAUUGGAUUGGAUUUGACUUGAAACAGUGUAAUUCUAAAUAAUUUAUCAUAACUAUUGGCAUCUCUUUCACACGUAUGGUGUUAAAGAGAAUAGCCAAUAUAACCGCUAUCGUUGUGAUAUAUUCAGCAACGUAAUGUCUUUAUGUAAGUUUUUUUUCUUACAUAGGUUUUGUAAAGUCUUUUGUAAAUAGAUUUUAAUGAAUGACUUUGGUUAUGUUUUAUGUAAAAAUGAAUCUUUUUUUAUUAUGUUAUAUAUUAUAUUCCAUCUGGUUUACAAACAUUAAAAUAUAUGUUUUUGGAACGAAGUUCUUUAACACGGCUUACAGUAGAUUGAACCCCCCUUUGGACCAUCCUCCCUUCUAUCUUCUUGAUCUCCGUCUCUUGUUGUCGUUUACGGUGUUAUACAAUAUUGUAUUUGUUAUAUUUUUUUUAAUUCAAACAUUGAAAUAUUGUGUCUAUUUUUUAAUACGUGAUAUAUAUAGUGAAGUCAACUUCGUUCCAAGCGAGUGUCCAAUCACACUAGUGUUGUAUAUCGAUAGAUUAUCGAUAGUUAAGGUGUUAGAGAUAGUAUUAUCACGUGUCAAACACAUGUGUUAUAGUAUUGUCACGUGUCAAUACUAUCGAGUACCGAUAGUAUCAAUAGCUCCCCAUGAGCAAUACCAUUGAUACUAUUACUUUUAACCUAAAGUAUCGAUAGUCCAAAACUAUCGAUACUAUCGAUAGUAUCAAUAGUAUCGCUGCUAUCACUAGUAUUGCCGUAAUCAAUAGUAUUGCUCACGGAGAGCUAUCGAUAUCCUGAAUAGUUUUCGAGGUCAACUAUCGAUAGUUCUUCAACGCUGAAUGACACCUCUCGCAAUUUCAUUUUAUUUAUCAAGCGCUUAAUGAAAGGAUAUAAACUGAGCGUUUAUCUAGCUCAAGCAUAAAUAAGCGCGGGAAAGUUAGAAAGAGACAAUACGAUUAUACGGCAAUGGUUGUAUUGUAUUGCAUUUGUUUUUAUAGAUAUAAAAAACUGAUCCAGGGCUUUUUGUCAUGUGUGAUUUGGGGGGAUUCAGACAACGGAAAGUUGGUAAAAUUUUUCAAGGUUAUAGCUGGAACAUUGUCUAUGUCAAAAUCAUUAUUAUUAUGAUAUUUAAGAAGGUAUUUAUUAAAUAACGAUAUAUUUCGUGAUAUUAUGUAUACAUAUUUGUUUUUUUUUUAUUAGUUUUAUGGAACUCGUUGUCUUCGCAUAGCUAAAGCUUAAGUAUAUACAUACUUUCAA